AUGCUGGACAUGAGCGAAGCCCGCUCCCAGCCGCCCUGCAGCCCGUCCGGCACCGCCAGCUCCAUGUCGCACGUGGAGGACUCGGACUCGGACGCACCACCGUCCCCCGCCGGCUCCGAGGGCCUGGGCCGCGCGGGGGGCGCGGUGGGGGGCGCCCGGGGCGACGCGGCGGAGGCGGCGGACGAGCGCUUCCCGGCCUGCAUCCGCGACGCCGUGUCGCAGGUGCUCAAGGGCUACGACUGGAGCCUGGUGCCCAUGCCGGUGCGCGGCGGCGGUGGCGGCGCGCUCAAAGCCAAGCCGCACGUGAAGCGGCCCAUGAACGCUUUCAUGGUGUGGGCGCAAGCGGCGCGCCGCAAGCUGGCCGACCAGUACCCGCACCUGCACAAUGCCGAGCUCAGCAAGACGCUGGGCAAGCUGUGGCGCUUACUGAGCGAGAGCGAGAAGCGGCCCUUCGUGGAGGAGGCAGAGCGGCUUCGCGUGCAGCACAAGAAGGACCACCCUGACUACAAGUACCAGCCACGGCGCAGGAAGAGCACGAAGGCCGGCCAGAGCGACUCAGACUCCGGUGCCGAGCUGGGACCCCACCCUGGCGGCGGUGCCGUGUACAAGGCCGAAGCAGGGCUUGGAGAUGCGCACCACCACGGCGACCACACAGGGCAGACCCACGGGCCGCCCACCCCACCCACCACCCCCAAGACGGAGUUGCAGCAGGCGGGCGCCAAGCCGGAGCUGAAGCUGGAGGGACGCCGGCCGGCAGACAGCGCGCGCCAGAACAUCGACUUCAGCAACGUGGACAUCUCGGAGCUCAGCAGCGAGGUCAUGGGCACCAUGGAUGCCUUCGACGUCCACGAGUUCGACCAGUACCUGCCCCUGGGCGGCCCCGCCCCACCCGAGCCCGGCCAGGCCUACGGGGGCGCCUACUUCCACGCCGGGGCGUCCCCCGUGUGGGCCCACAAGAGUGCCCCAUCAGCCUCCGCGUCGCCCACCGAGACGGGUCCCCCGCGGCCGCACAUCAAGACAGAGCAGCCGAGCCCUGGCCACUACGGCGACCAGCCCCGAGGCUCGCCCGACUACGGUUCCUGCAGCGGCCAGGCCAACGCUGCCCCGGCCGCCCCCACGGGCCCCUUCACCGGCGCACAGGGCGACUACGGCGACCUGCAGGCCUCCAGCUACUACGGAGCCUACCCUGGCUACGCGCCCGGCCUCUAUCAGUACCCCUGCUUCCACUCACCGCGCCGGCCCUAUGCCUCGCCCCUGCUCAACAGCCUGGCCCUGCCGCCCUCCCACAGCCCCACCAGUCACUGGGACCAGCCGGUGUACACCACCCUGACCAGGCCCUGAGGGCCUGGCUGCAGGGAGGGACUCGCCGGCAUUGGGGGGCAGCCUUGUCCUGGCCUGACAGGAUGGCCCGGCCUCCAAGGCCUCCCAGUGUGCGUGGCCAGGGCAGGCGGGCUGCGGUGGCUGAGCUCCGUCAAGUGCCUGCUGACGUCUGCAGGGAAAUGUGCUUGCCUCCCGUGGCCCUCGGCUUCCAGAUGGCCACACCUCCGCCAACGGACGAGCUCUCUCUCCCUUCUCUCUUUCUUUUUGAGGUGGCGGGAUGAUUCCACAAAGAAGGGCCGCCGUUUGGUGCCUCUUCUGUGAGGACUGGCAGCAACAGCACCUUCGGUUUGCAUCUCGGUAGAGGAGAAACGGCAGCGCAGCCCAAGGACCAAAGGAGGGGGUGGCAGGGGCCUUGCAGGGCACUCUGAGGUCCAGGCUGGCCUCGGUGCUGAGAACCCCUGCACGCAUGGCCACAUUCCCUUGACGACGGCUGCACGGGCUGUCCGGGAUCCCGGGUGUCUGUCUGCAGACCCUCUGGGACGUGUCUGCUCCAGCAUCUCCAGGACCUGCCUGUCAGAUCUGAGGCGUCUCCUUGCUGGCAGAGUGCGCCCACGCAAGGUCUGGCUGGGAUUAACACAUCUCUCUUUUAUUUUUAUGUUUUUGAUAAUUUUUAUUUUUGAAGCUUAAAUGUGUUUUUUUUGAAAGCUGUUAAAGAUGUAUUUAUGUUCUGUAUUAUUUUAUCUUUAAUUAAUUAGGUAAUUUGGGCAAAGAGUAGAAUUUAAGAGACAACAGAAGCUGGGAGGCUUCCCUUGAGGGCAGGCAGGAGGUGGGGUUGCAGCUGUUGGCCGGCAUCACAUUGCUCAGCUUCUGGGAGGCCGCCCUGGAAGGCCUGGAGGUCCCAAGGUCCCUGGGAGAACUGGGCCCCUCAUGCCUCCAGCUUGGCAGCUGAAAACCCGAGGGAGGAGAAGGGACUUGCCUUGUGGCAUCUCUGAUUAGGUUGGGGUACCCAGCACCCAGUAUCAGUUUGGGGUUUAGGAAGCAGGACUCUGUCCCUGCCCACGACUGUGCCACAUGGUAGGACACAGGACACAGGAAUUCCUGGGAAGUGGUAGCUUCAGAAGUGAUCUUGGCUCGCAGGCUCCAAUGCCACGUACCAAGCUGUGAAACUAAACCUUCUCCACUAAACGUCGUUAGGGCCUUAGUUCUAGACGAAUAAUACCUGAUUUACCUGCACUGCUCCCCUGUGUGCCGAGCACAGAGCAUACGAUAGCGCCUACUUCACGCAAACUUGUGCCUUUAAACUUUGUAAAUUUAAAUACACCCGAGAAGUUGCUUCUUUUUACUUUUUCUACUUUUCCUACCUUUUUGUAGAAAAAAAAAAAAA